UCCUUCUGGUAGAUAAAAAAUUCAAGGCCCUUACUAUGUUAUCUUCUCUGGGAGCCUCCUGUACAUGUUCCUUGCCUUUUUAUGUUUGAAAUGGAAAGCUUGUACCAUCACCUAGCUCUCCUGUUCUUUCUUUUCCUUGUUGUUAAAAUUCUCUUCCGUCACAAGCAAAACCUGCCCCCUAGCCCUUUUGCUCUUCCAAUUAUCGGUCAUCUACACCUCUUUAAGCAUCCCCAAUCACUACAGACUCUCUCGUCACAAUAUGGGCCGAUCCUGUUCCUCAAAUUUGGUUGUAGGUCUACCCUUGUGGUGUCUUCACCAUCUGCUGUUGAAGAAUGUUUCACCAAGAAUGACAUAAUAUUUGCAAACAGACCCCAGUCCAUGUCUGGGGAUCACUUGACCUACAAUUAUACUGCGUUUGUGUGGGCGCCCUAUGGUCAUCUUUGGCGAAGCCUACGCCGUAUAUCUGUGAUUGAAUUAUUCGCAUCAAAGAGCCUCCAAAAGUCUUCAACUAUUUGUGGGGAAGAAGUUUACUCCCUGCUUCGCAGAUUGUUGAAAGCCAAAAAUGGUGUUACAGCGAAGGUGGACUUAAAGUUUUUGUUUUCUCUUCUAACAUAUAAUGUCAUGAUGAGACUGGCUGCUGGAAAGCCUUGCAUCGAUGAGGAAGUUGCUGGUACAAAGGUGGAGAAACAAUUAUUUCAAGAAUUUAAGGAGAGAUUUUCUCCUGGCCUGGGGAUGAAUAUCUGUGAUUUUAUCCCGAUUUUAAGGUUGAUUGGUUACAAAGGGCUAGAGAAAAGUAUGAAAAAGCUGCAGAGCACUAGAGAUAAGUAUUUGCAGCAUCUGAUAGAUGAAAUUCGGAUGAGGAGAACAAGUUCUUCCUCCAAAACUGCUGAAGAAUGGAAAAGAGAAGGGAAGAGCUCAGUGAUUGAAACUUUCCUGUCUCUGCAAGAUUUGGAACCUGAAUUUUUGACGGAUACAGUUAUCAAAAGUGUUCUAUUGAUGAUGUUUGUUGCUGGCACGGAAACAUCAGCAGUUACUUUGGAGUGGGCAAUGGCACUCCUCUUGAAUCAUCCAAAAGCAAUGCAAAAGCUGAAAGCUGAGAUUGAUGAGCAUGUUGGGCAUGGGCGUUUGCUGAACGAGUCAGAUAUUGUCAAGCUUCCCUACCUUAGGUGCGUCAUAAAGGAGACGCUUAGAUUAUAUCCUCCAGCUCCCCUUUUGCUGCCUCAUUUUUCAUCUGGAGCUUGCACUGUUGGGGGGUUUGAUAUACCGCAAGGCACAACGCUGGUGGUGAAUGCUUGGGCCAUGCAUAGAGAUCCCAAACUCUGGGAAGAGUCCAAUGAAUUCAAGCCUGAAAGAUUUGAGGCUGGUUUAGGAGAGCAAGAAGGAUUCAAAUAUAUUCCGUUUGGAACCGGGAGGAGAGUUUGCCCAGGUGCUAGCAUGGGUUUGCAGAUAGUUUCCUUUGCCUUAGGUGCUCUCGUCCAGUGCUUUGAGUGGGACAAGGUUGGACCGGCGGAGGACAUGAGCCAUAGUCGUCAUGGAAUUACUUCGUCUAAAGCCAAGCCUUUGGAAGCAUUGUGUUGUCCACGCCGUGAUUUGAUUACCCUCCUCCACCAUCCUUAGAGGGGUUUUGAAGGUUCUCUUCUCGCCUGGCAUUGGGCUUGAACGUCAAGUGAAUGGCCUUUCCCCCACCUUCACAAGGCCGUAUUACGUUGAUGCUGUUGGCAUUCCUUCUGAAAGUUUAUCUGUGUGUAGUCUGUUCUGUAUAAAUGCUGAUGCUGUUAUGGAUAACUAGCUAUUUAAAUGCAAUUAGAAGUUACAUUAUUUUCUCUUA